ACGUCCGCACUUUACUGGGAGAGAAAUGGUGGUUUCUGUGAUCACCAUUCUACUGUUAGUUGAGAUUGCUGUUCAGUUUGAAUACGUUACAUCUAUAAACCCAAUGCACUCCAAUGUCUGUUCUGAGCCGUUGGGAAUGCAGAGCCGUCUAAUCCCUGACUCAGCUAUAACAGCUUCCUCCGAGCGAAUUAAUUAUCUGCGAGCUUCCCGGGCCAGACUGCACAUGCGUUCUUUUUACCCAUGGCUACCAGCCGGUUGGUCAGCGGCUGUCUCAGACUACAAACAGUGGCUUGAGAUUAACCUUGAAUUGAAGACAAUAGUGACGGGGAUUGGUACCCAGGGACUUAGUAGCAGAUGGUCACCUGAUCAGUGGGUUACUAGUUACCAGGUCUCACACAGGGACAAAGCAGAUGAAAAAUGGGUCCACUAUCAGCAACAAGGACACAUAAAGACAUUUGUAGGCAAUAAGGAUGCUGAGAGUGUUGUUAUAAACCAGGUGGAGCCCUCCUUUGAAGCUGUUUGUGUCCGACUUCAUCCACAGUCGUGGCAUCGCUGGAUUUCAAUGAGAGUGGAGCUGUUUGGAUGUCCAGUCUCUUCGUGUUUUAUGACUCUUGGCUUGCGAGACAUGCGCAUACCAGACAUAGCUUUCUCGUCGUCGUCCAUUUUGACUCAAGCUAAUGCUCCAUCUCGUGCUCGACUCCACCUACAAAUUGGAAAAUCUCAGGCAGCAGGCUGGGCACCAGCACGUGGUGACAACACACCCUGGCUUCAAGUGGAUUUGGGGAAUAGGAUGAUCAUAGCUGGAAUUGGAACCCAGGGUGGGCACUACUUUUGGUGGUCAACUGGAGGCUGGAUUCAUAAGUUCAAGGUGUCUUUUAAGAGCGAUGGAGAAGAAUGGCAGAUAUAUGGCCAGAACACGUCAGAGGAGGAGCUGGUUGGUAAUAGCAAUAUAAACUUAGUGGUGAUCAACAAGCUCUCUCAGCCAUUUGUGGCUCGCCUAGUUCGCAUCCAUCCCAUCGUGCAGACAACAUAUGGUUACUUGAGACUAGAGUUGUACGGCUGUCCAGAUAAGAACAACUGCGAUAGUUCUCCGUGUUGGAACAACGCCACAUGUAAAGAUCAUCUAAGUAGUUUUAGCUGUAUGUGUCCUCCCGGAUUUACGGGAGAGACUUGCGAAACGGAUAUCGACGACUGUUCCAGUUCUCCUUGCCAAAACGGGGGAUCAUGUGUCGAUCACGUGAACAACUUCAGUUGUGUGUGCUCUCAGGGAUUCACGGGACUUAAGUGCGAAUCAGUUCUCAAACCAAGCUGCACCUGUGGUCGACGCACCACCCGACGUAUCGUGGGCGGUAAAAGGGCGUUACCAGGGGAGUGGCCAUGGCAAGCCGGUCUUAUGGUCAAGAAUACGAAGCAGAUUUACUGCGGCGGAGCUUUGAUUAACCAAGAAUGGAUCGUGACAGGUGCACAUUGCGUGACAUACAGAAAUGCCUCAACGUUGAUGGUCGUGCUCGGAGAAUACGAUGUUACGAGGAAGGAAGGUAUUGAACUCUUCCGAGAGGUUGAUGGAUAUCAGUUGCAUCCGGACUACCACUUAUUAACAGCAGACUUUGACAUUGCCCUUGUUCGCUUUAAACCAGCUUUAAGCCAGUUCAGCAGGUUUAUAUCGCCCGUUUGCUUGCCAACAGCUAACGAAAGUUUCCCGGCAGGAACCAACUGCACGGUCACUGGUUUUGGUCGGCUUACUGAAGCUGGUCGACAAGCAACAACUCUACAACAGGCCGUGUUACCAAUUGUAUCACGGGACACUUGUCAAGCUGCCUACCCAGAAUACCAUAUCACGCCCAGGAUGACGUGCGCAGGAUAUGUUGCUGGGGGUAUAGAUGCCUGUCAGGGGGAUAGUGGGGGACCAUUAGUGUGUCGUAAGGAUAAGAUACACUGGUACCUGGCUGGUGUCGUAAGCUGGGGUCUGGGAUGUGCCAGGCCUGAAUCAUAUGGGAUUUAUGCUAAUGUACCAGUGUUAGCAUCAUGGGUGAGGUCUGCAUUAAUCAAUUCCACCAUUUGUUCACCUUGACAUUGCAAAAUUAAUUUCUGAUAUCAUUAGCAAGAUCUAUCACUAGUAAAGAAAUUUUUGUGACUCCAAACUGUUACUGUACACAAUUUUGGGGGUUCAAAUAUCAAUAUUUGUUGUCCAUAUUCUUAACCUUCUGAAAUGAAAAUUAUUAGUUUUAUUAUUUAGGUUAUUGAGAAUAACUAUCUUUUAUCUUGCUCUGCACAAUGUUAUUGUACCAAAGCACUGAUUUCAAAAUUUGUUGCCUCUUAUGAUCCCUUAAAAUUCAGUUGCUAUCAUUUGCUCUAACAAAUAUACUAUAACAAUAUUUAUUUCCCUUUGGGAAAGUUCCUACUUUGCCUCUCGUUAGACAAAGCUCUUAAAAUACCUUGGAGUCUGGACCUUCAUCCCCUCUAAUCCUUCAAUUUGAGAUUCCAAAGAAUAACCUUACUGUUUAAACAUUGUCUUCAAAUGGGCUAUAAAAAAGAUAGAAUGCUGCCAUGUUGAAAGGACUUUUAAUUAGUGACCCCAAUGGAUGAAUACCAAACAGCUGCUGCUGUUGCUAUUGCAAGUUUAAAAAGUAAAUUACCUAAGUUAUACAUGGAUUUUAGGCACUUCAUAAAUUUCAAACAGAUCAUCAACAGUUGGAAAAAAAGGAGUUAUUUUUUCAACUAAGUCAAGCAGCUGAAUUACUAAAGCAAGAAUCACAAUGGCUGUCUAUUGUCAACUUUUAAGCUUACUUGAAGAGAACUUGUGAGAGCUAGGUGACUAUUUGGAAUAUUUUAACACAGUCAGUAGUGCAAAAAUAAAUUAGUUUUUUUGCUGGCACAAACCCCCUUACUUCAUACUUUUUAAAAGUGAUAAGCAUGGAAUUUGACUGACAUCAGUUUAGCAGAAGAAUCUCAAUCUAUGUAUACACAGCUGAGAAUUUCCAAUGGCUUCAUUCUAAAUAAUUGUGUAAUAAAAUCAAUUUUCAGAUGCUCAACAAAAAGAUGUGUUACUGAUUAAGAGCCUAUACAACACCAGUGGAUGAAAAAAAUUCAAAAGAAACCUAAAGUGAAAAAUUUGCACUGUUCUCAUGAAAAAUUAAAUUUAAAAGUCACAUUUUGCUAAAAUACUUCAAUCAUUGGCAAAAUUGUCAUUAAGUCUUUCUGAAAAUAAUGCUAUUUUGUUGUGAAACAAUAUAUUUGUGUAUUUGCAAACUAGUCCAAAAUAUGGUCUGUUCAGACCCAUAGAGUAAUCACCCUAUCAACUAGGGCUUUAGUGACUAGCCUGUGUUCUUGCAGAAAAACAAAGAUUGCAAUUCUGAGAAAGGGUGGAAUUGACACCCUAGUGGGAUUGUCAGCCCUUUGUGACUAAUGUUCAUUUAGAAGUUAGGAAAAGUAUCAAUUAAUUUCAUAAUUAUCCGAUAGGGUCUAACAAUUUCUAAUGGUUAUCCAAAGGGUGAUGUCACUAGUCAUGUGACUGUGUCAUGCCAGAUUGUCACGUAGGUCAUGCAGAGUUAUUUUGAUGGAGGAAAGAAAAGAAAACUUCCUGUUAUCAGA